AAUUUUCUCUGCGGCAGGAAUCCACACUGUGAAAGUCAAGGCAAAAAUAAAUUUUAGAUCGCAAUUUAUAAAAAAAGACAAUGGCGGACCUCAACACCAGUGGAGCCAAUAAUCGGUUGAAGGCUUACAAGAACAAAGCCCUUGAUGCCCAAGAAAUGAGACGCAGAAGAGAAGAAGAAGGAAUACAGCUGAGGAAGAUGAAGCGAGAGGAACAGCUGGCCAAAAGAAGAAAUGUUGCCGUGCCUGCAGAGGACAUGGAUGAGUUGCCCUCUCCGACAGUCUCAUCAUCAGGACAGUCCCUCUUUCAGGUGGUGACUCGAGACAUGGUACCAGCAUUGUACAGUGAUGACAUUGAGCAACAACUCUCAGCAACUCAAAGGUUUAGGAAGCUCUUAUCUCGAGAGCCUAACCCGCCGAUAGAUGAAGUCAUCCACACUGGCAUCAUACCAAGAUUUGUAGAAUUCCUACAGACUGAUGGCAACUGCACUUUACAAUUUGAGGCUGCUUGGGCUUUGACAAAUAUAGCAUCUGGCACCUCUUCACAGACCAGGAUCGUAAUAGAAGCUGGCGCUGUGCCAAUAUUUAUCCGACUACUGAACUCUGAGUAUGAAGAUGUUCAAGAGCAGGCAGUCUGGGCGUUGGGAAAUAUAGCUGGCGAUAGUCCUGAAUGCCGUGACUAUGUCUUAAAUAAUGGUAUCUUGGUACCAUUAUUGCAAUUGCUAAGUAAAUCCACCAGGUUGUCAAUGACGAGGAAUGCAGUAUGGUGCUUAUCCAAUCUUUGUCGAGGGAAGAAUCCGCCUCCUGACUUUCCCAAGGUAUCACCCGCGUUGCCCAUCUUAUCAAGGUUGCUGUUCAAUAAUGAUAAAGAUGUAUUAGCUGAUUCUUGUUGGGCUUUGUCCUACCUAUCUGAUGGUCCGAAUGAGAAGAUACAGGCAGUCAUUGAUUCGGGCGUCUGUCGGAGAUUAGUCGAAUUACUGAUGCACAAUCAGCACAGCGUUGUGUCAGCUGCCCUGCGAGCCGUCGGUAAUAUAGUGACAGGCGACGACAUUCAGACUCAAGUGAUAUUAAACUGUUCUGCCUUACCCUGUCUCUCACACCUGCUAAGUAAUUCUAAGGAAUCGAUUCGGAAAGAGGCAUGCUGGACUAUCUCAAAUAUAACAGCUGGAAAUAGGGCACAAAUUCAGGCCGUCAUAGAUGCCAAUAUUUUCCCUAUCCUUAUUGAAAUACUAAGUAAAGGGGAAUUCAAACCACGAAAGGAAGCAGCAUGGGCUAUCGUCAAUGCCACAUCAGGAGGUACACCUGAACAAAUUAGAUAUUUGGUUGAGCAAGGUUGUAUUCCACCACUCUGUGAUCUGCUGACGGUGAUGGACAGCAAGAUCAUCCAGGUGGCGCUAAACGGACUGGAAAAUAUCUUACGAUUGGGGAAACAGGAUGCCAAAGAAAGUGGAACGAAUAAUCUAUACGCUGUCAAAAUUGAGGAGUGUUAUGGUCUGGAUAAGAUCGAGUAUUUACAAAGUCAUGAAAAUAAGGAAAUCUAUGCGAAGAGUUAUGAUAUGAUAGAGACUUUCUUUGGUUCAGAAGACGAAGACCGUGAAUUGCUCCCACGUACGGCAGAAGACGCCAAUCAAUUUGAUUUUGGAUCAGAAUUGAAUGCUCCUGUGGGCGGAUAUGAAUUUGCAUAGCUGGUCAAACAUCUGGUCAAAACAGAGGGAAAUGUUUCCCUGGACUGCUCACCGCUGCUACAAGUUUUUUCCUGCUGUGGGUGUCGAUUUUCUAUUUGCUUGAAAUUUGGACACUGGCGAUGUGAAGUAAAACUAAAGAUGGCCGCUUUUACUGCCAAUUGAUAGUCCAGUUUAGGAAAGUUGCCCUUUACCCUGUGCACCAUCUCAGCAGAAAAUUUUUGUGAAUUAUGCUGAUACUCUUUCAUGUGCUUCCGAGAAAGGUGUGGAAAAUGCACUGGAAAAGUAAUAGACUUUCAACCAAUUGGCUGUGGUGAUAUGUCCGCCUGGUGUCAUGCAGCACUGUGCAAGCAUACACUGACUUGAACGUUUUCUUCCCGUGCUCCAUGCCAAUGGUUGGUGCCCUUGAAUUGAGCUGGGUACGGCACCUCACGAAGAAAAUAUUCCAAUUAUUUACAGGAAAACUCGACUAGAAAGACACACUGAAAAGGUUACUUGUUCUCAUUUGACUAAACACUGACUGAUACUGCCUUUUUUCAGUCCCUGGUGUCGGCAAGAAUUGUUGGCCUGUUGGUAUAUUGUUGGUCAAGAGGCUGUUUGGUGGUCUUGGAGAGGAAAGUGAUUGUUGAAGACGGAUUUCAGCAAACACAUGAAGAUUUCCUUGUGUCACUUUAUUGGGAAAUUGAUGAUAUGACAUCAGAAGUAUCAGUUCAUGUAGGUUUCAUUGCAUGCAAGUCUUGAAAAUCAGGUGAAAAUUGUAAUUUGAAAUAAUGAGUCCAGAUACUGAUAAUACUUCGGAGAUCUUCAGUCUUGUCAUUCUGUUUUGUUGUAGAAUAUUUUCAAUGACAGACUGCAUUUAAACUUGGUCAUUUGCAUAGCUGUGUACAUUUGUUCAUAUAGUUGGGUUGUGUAAAAAAAUUGUGGAACGAUAUGCUUUGUUUUUGCCAAGGUAUGGAGCCCUGGCAUUCGAUAUAAUUUAAAUUCAAUAUGAUUAUCAAUUCUGUGAGGACUGAGGGUACAAAGGCAGACAAAGUCAUUACUAAAAGGUAUUCAAACUUCCCCGAUUCUAUAAAAACUGGUUUUACAUAGUUGUUGGUGCAUUGGUGCAGAGUAGGUUCUCAUGUGAAAUCAUUAAAUUUUCAUUUCUUGGUGGAGUUUUUUUUAUCAAAUCAAACCAGAAUCUAACCUGCAAUCAUACAUGUAGUUAGAGAGUUGCCUGAAAUUACUCCCUUAGAAGGUUGGUCUAAUUAGACUCGUAUGUGACUUUCAGUUGUGCUGGUAUCUUUUUGUCCUCAAGGAAUUACGUGGAUAACAUGUUUUGAAGUUCGAUACAUGUUCCAAUUGUGUGCACUAAUGUUUUUUUACCAGUCAUAAACAACACACCAACAGUUAUUAGUAUACCUGAUGCAGAUAUCGAACUGGUUAUUGUGAUAAAAACUUUUGCAGUCCUUCAUUAUUGUGACAAAUUGUGAUUUGGCAUUAUUACCGUUACUGUACAAGGAAAUUGUGACCAGACGGCACAUGUUUGAAUGUGUUUAUUUUCAUACAAGAAUUUUUGAUGUGGAAAGGAAGAAAUAAUUAAGGCCAAAAGUGACUCUCAGGUUUGUGGCAGCAGGUAUUAAGGUAACUCGGUGUGUAGUUUUCUCGCAUAGUACUGACUUAUGAUGCAAAAUAUUAUGUCCAUUUAAAUUUGACCACCGCAUUAUCAAAGAGUUUAGAUAUGUUACUUUCAUCAUAUUGGCAGCGGCAAACUGAGAACAAAAAUGGGGUGCUGAAAUGACGGUUCAGGUUAUUGGGAAGUGCUUGGAAUCAAAACCAGUCUCGACGAGUCCUGAUGGAAUGUUUUCUUCAUCACCUGAAUCUGGUCGGUUACUAUUUUUCUGUGACCAUGGCAUAUAUAUGCCAACAAGUGUCGCAAUCAUGUUUAAAUUUGGGUUGUACAGAAAAUCUGAUUGGUCCUUUGCCAAUUGCUUUGACGCUUAGAAAUCCGCUGUGACCAUUAUAGUAUUAAUGGCCAAAGCCAGUUACUCUUAAGUAAGCAUGUCUGAACUUUAUAAUGUACAUAAAUCCUCUAUGAGGUGGUCAGAUGUCAUAUUGAAAUGAAUAAAGUCAUAUUUCACGAUACAAAAACCUGUGCUGGAUACCUCGAUGCCAUCCUUUACAUUACAAGUACCAGCAAUCUACCAUACAGUUGCAAACCUUGAAUGGCAAUGCAUCGACUUGCAUUGGUGGGAUUAGUACUUGUAUUGUGUGAUGGCAGUACUGGGGUGAACAAUUAGAAAUCAGGUAAGAAAAUUGGGGCAUAAGUUGGAUAGAAAACAAAAAAUGUGGGGUGCAACUUGAAGCUGUUGCAAGUGGCUCUAUUAUAUAAAGCAGAGUUUGCUUUUGACCAAAAUGAAAUUUGGUCUGCUCCUGCGUAUUUCCGACUCUCCAUUUGCUGUCACUGUAUUAAAAGUUGUACAUUGUAAUUUAUUAAUGUUAAUUUUGAUGACAGAUAAAGUAUUUGGUGCAUGUCUUGCGAAGAAAAGGCCUGCCUGAAAGUGUAACGGAGGUUGGUCUCAAACUGUUGUUGUCAAAAAAUGAACUGAUCAUGAACGGAGUGGUAUCAGUUCUGUCUACAUGUAUGUCUACUCUAGUUCCCCUGCUCAGGUACAGAUACAAGUAAACUCCACACACAUGUUUUCAUUCUCCAUGCACCUGAAAAGUUCUACAGUCUAUUGAAGUCAACCAUUGUAGCACCCUGAUUUUUUUUUUUCAAAAGUAAAUUGGGGUACUAUGAACUGCAGCUGGUUGUUCUUGUUCAUUCACACUGUAUUUUUGCACCAAUUACUCUUAGCAUUUAUGACAAGAAAAGAGGAGCAAAUUUUGCCCAUUUGCGGAUGAGAUAUAGAACUACAAUUCCCUUUAUAAUUCACAGAACACUGUAUUUGUUUACAAUAUGUUAUAUUCACUGGUCUUUUCAUUCUGGAUGCUCUUACCCCAUCAAAAUUGAUCGGAAUAGUGAAGUCCCUGAAAAAAUUAACAAAUUAUUUUGGUGCUUUUAGUUUAGAGUUUGGAUUGGAAGCUUACAUUGAAUCUCAUUCACUUCGUGCUCGACACUAUUGCCUAGUAUUUUUUGUGUCUUCCUCAUGUCAUGUUUUUUGUGGAAUCUGUAUUCAUUGAUCUUGUCAUUUCAAUGUGCUAUCGGUAAUAUUUUUAACCUUUUCUUGUUGUUUUUCCAAAAACCACCGAAUCCGUUACUAGGAAGUCACUACAGUUAUUUGCUCCAAACAUAACUAAAAUAUUACACUACAGAACAGGGUUUAAAUUGUGUAACUUUUUCUGUUGAUCACAAUCAUGGAAUCAAAUCUUUGAAUGACAUUCUGAAGCCUCUUUAUAGUCUUUUUUAUAGUUGAUGACUUUUUUUGUUCAUGGUGUUGUCUAUAUUCCAGCAAAGCAUUUAUCAAAUAAGUAUAAGAAAUGGCAAACCCCUUCUUUGCAGACAUUAUCCCUAAACCAGCCCACAUUGCAGAGUGCUUUGCGUGGUGAAUGGUAGGCAAGGCCUACUCAUAAAUUUUGGACUUGUCUAUUUUGGCAGUAGUUUCUGCAAGGCUCGUCACAGUUUAUAGUCAACUUCUGAGACUGAUUGAUUUGGGUUCCUAUACAUGUACUACCAAUUUUAUAAGAUCAUUCAAUAUUUUCAUCAGAAACUUUUUCGCUCCCUAAUGGAAGGAUUUAAAUGUAAUUAUGUUACAUAUGACAGCCGAUAAUGGUUUCUCUUUGUGGCUUAUGAUGAGUACCACCGGUACAUCGAGCAUUUCCUGAAAUGUCGAAGUGUUCUUCACUAUACUGCGUUAUUAUGGUAUUGGAUCACAUCUGUCAUCCACAAUUACUUGCGUUUCAUCUCAUUUACCUAUGCUGUAGUUAAAUCUUGAAUAUAUAUGCAUUCUGCAGGGGAAAAACAGUGAAAAUUUAGUGACCAACUGGUAAGUUUAAUGAAAGUAAUAGAAGUGAAAAUGACAUAUAUUAGUAAACUGUGAACCGGUUUAUUUGCAAGCUUGUGUUUUUUUAUGUAGUUUAUUACAAUACAAGAAGUAAACAGUUGGCCCAGGUUUGGAUUUCAUUGGUCUUACAUUUAGGCCUUGUACAUGUAUGCAUUAUGCACACUACAGUAGGUCUUAAACCAAUAAAACUGUCAUUCUUAAGGUAUUCGAUGUGAUUUUCACCUGUUUCAUGGAAAGUCCACGUAUUGGCUAUGUCAUUGAGGCAAAAUUAUAAAGUGACAUUUUGACAAGUUGUUGCGGCCUCUGCCGGUUUAUUGUCACUGGGGUCAAUUCUGCCUCUCCUUAAAAUUCAUAGCACAGUUCUGUGUGAUUUGGUGUUCAAAACAUACAUGUAUAAACAGGUCUGGCCAUCCUCGGAAACCUGCGUAUUCCUGAUACCAUGAGUCUGCCUUCCCAAUGCAUUCGGACUUGGUAUCACACAGUGCCAUCUGGUCAUUAGACUUGAAAACUCUAGUACCCAUCCCGAGGCACAAGAAGUCAGAAAUUUGAAUGGGUAUUUCUACAAAUUGACAUGGUAAACUGAAAAUGGCCAGAGAGAUGUUCUUAUGUUACUCUUCUACGCAUGUAUCUGUCUUGAAAAUACUCAAGUGUGGCCAGUGCUUUCUGGAUGUAUGUGGGCAGGGCUCAAAUUUAAGCUUUGCAGUUGGUGCCCCACCCCCGCAAAGCCCUUCGUGUCCUCUUUAAUCUUCCCCUGUGCCAAAAUGUCUCUAUCAAAAUGGGUGCCCUUUUAUUUGAAUUUGUAGUUUUAAGGCCUUCGUGCGUAUACCUGGGCCAUCAAUUUGGUGAAUACAGGUUUGAGAAUAUGGCCAGACCUGUUGAACAGCGUGUUGUGAACUUGGUAAUUAUCGAGUCCAAGAUUACACCGACACACUUUGUAAAUAAUCCAUUUGUACAGAUUUAUAGAUGCUCCAACAUUUUUCAACAAAAGCAACAGUUCAUGAUUCACAUUGAUGACAUUUGAAAUUUCAUUGAUUCGUGUGAAUUUAGUUGCAGUUCAAUAAAUUUGAAACAAAUCAUCCAAA